AUGAGUGGGGUUGUGGAAAGAGCUUUGAGGUGUUUGGGGAGAGGCUUCGAUGUGACAUGCGACUUCCGGCCGAAGUACUGCAAGGGGAAGGAGAGGCUGGUUGUGAUCAAUGAGGAGGAGAGGAAAGAGCUCUUGGUGCCCGGAUUUGGAGCCUUUGAAGGUGUAUCGGUUGAUAUAAAGUGUGAUAAGGGGGAUCGAAUCAGAUACCAGUCUGAUGUGCUUGAGUUUAACCGGAUGUCGGAGCUAUUCAAUCAGAGAAGCUCGUUGGCUGGAAAGAUACCCUCAGGUUUGUUCAACUUUAUGUUUGAAUUUAAUAGUGGCUCGUGGGCUCGAGAUGCUUCAAGGACCAAAUGCUUGGCCAUGGAUGGCUACUUCAUCUCUCUCUUUGACCUUCACAUUAUCCGCCAACCUCUCAUUCUCUCCGAUCAUGUCAUCAAUGAUGUUCCUUCUUCUUGGGAUCCAGCUGCUCUCUCAAGGUUCAUUGAAAACUACGGGACACAUAUAAUAGUGGGGCUAAGUGUCGGAGGCCAGGAUGUGGUUUAUGUGAAGCAAGACCAGUCUUCCAACUUGGCUCCAUCUGAACUCAAGCAACACUUGGAUAGACUUGGAGAUCAACUAUUCACUGGGACCUGUGCCCUUCCUCCUCUCCGGUCGAAAUCCAAAGAACAUAAGCUCAAGGUUCCGGAGGCUUUCAAUGUGUUUGACUCGCAACCAAGGCUUGUUGAAGGCAUUAAUCCAGUCUCAUGCAAAGAUGGUGUAACAGUCAUAUGCUUGAAGAGGGGAGGAAAUACAUCCGCGAGCAGCCACUGUGAGUGGCUUCUAACAGUCCCUUCCAUGCCGGAUGUGAUCAACUUCACCUUUGUUCCCGUUACCUCCCUCCUAAAGGGUGUUCCUGGUGCUGGCUUCCUAUCCCAUGCCAUUAACCUCUACCUUCGAUAUAAACCACCAAUAGCAGACUUGCAAUACUUCUUGGACUUCCAAGCUAACAAGUUCUGGGCUCCCAUGCACAAUGACCACCCCCUUGGUCCCAGCUCAAUUAGAUCCAUUCCAACUCCUUCCCUACAGUUCAGUCUAAUGGGUCCCAAGCUCUAUGUCAACACAACUCAGGUCAUCGUUGGAAGGAAACCUCUCACCGGGAUGAGACUCCACCUUGAGGGCAAGAAAAACAAUCGACUAGCCAUCCACCUUCAACAUUUAUCAAACACCCCGACCUUCAUCAAAGCCCAGCCAAACAAAGCACCAUUAUGGCGGGGAUCGGAGGAGAUCGCAGAUGAAAGAUACUAUGAGGCAGUCCAAUGGAAGAUGUUCUCGCACGUGUGCACCAUGCCAGUGAAGUAUGACCCUCGGUGGUCUACCACUGGUGGAGGAGCUUCAUUCAUUGUAACUGGAGCUCAGCUCCAUGUGAUGAUCUAUGAGUCGACUAGUGUGCUGCACUUGAGGCUCCUAUACUCUGAAGUGCCUGGUUGCAUUGUGGCCCAGUCUAAGUGGGAGCAAGGCCCAUUGGGCUUCUCUCAGAAAUCGGGCUUCUUCUCAGCGAUCACCACACCUUUCACUGGAGUAGAGAAGGAGGGGCAGCCACUCCCAAUUGUCAUUGUGGACUCUGGUGUAUUCCCCUCAGGCCCACCGGUGCCUGUGGGGGCCCAAAAGCUUUUGAGGUUUGUGGACACAUCUCAGGUAUGCAAGGGACCACAGGACACCCCUGGGUAUUGGCUGGUCACUGGUGCAAAGCUGGAUGUGGAGAAAGGGAGGAUAGGGCUGCAUGUCAAGUUCUCUCUGCUAGCUUCUGUUUCUUAACCUUGAGAAUAUGCAAUUGUACAGUCUCACUAGUUGGAGGAUAUCCAACUUUUCUCAUUCUUUUGUAUGUGAAUGCCUAAAAGUGCAACAUUAUAUUGGAGGAGUUUUAAGGAAAACGUUGUAUGAAAAUUGGAGAAGCAAAGUUAUCAAUUUUAAUGAUUUUUUUUU